AGUCUUGCAUUUCCGUCAAAGUAACCGUCAACUAACCGUCAAAAGAACUUAAUUUUCUGUUACUUUAUACUUUAAUAAAUGGGUGACUAUCAAGAUUUCUUAAAAUGCGUAACAGAUUUUUCAAUAUCUUUGCACGAUGACAACACGGUAAACGAAAUAGAAGAAUUUUUUUUUCGAAAAGAAAAAGAGCUGGAUACUUUGUUAGGUACCGGUUAUCUUCCAGAACAAAGGGUUAAGGUUAAAAAAGAACGAAUUACUAAUGUGAGAAAAGAACCUAACGCUGAGGAAUUUAAAGAAAAUAGCGUGAAUCUAAACAUAAUUCCUGAAGAAAAGGGAAGUACUCGUUGUACACGAUCUAAAGCCUUAAAAGAUGGCCAAAAUGAGCUUAAUAUUAAAGUGGAAAAAAUUAAAGAGGAAAAGAUAUCAGAUGUUUCUACAAAAGCAAUGCCUCCACCUCAACAACCCCUUCGAAAAGGAAGAACUAAAAAGGUUCCUACUAGCAAAGUAAAAUCUGAAAGGGAAUCUGAUGUUAUAAUUCAAUUACCACAUAUAAGUCUGAUUUCUUUAACUGAUAGUGAUGAUGAAGAAGAGAAACCUGCAAGUCGUACAAAAACAAAAGUGUUAGUGGCAAAGAAUAUGGAAGAAAUGAAUGCUACAAAAACUGUAAAAGAUGAUCCAAAGAAAAAGGAGAUGAUAAAAAAGAAAAAAUCUCUUGAAUUACCUGAUGAAACGUUUUCUAAAGACGAAUUAAAAACUGCUACAAGUAAUAAAACUGUCAAUUUAGAUGAUAUUGAGAAGACACCUGUCAGAAGCACACGUACAAAAACUCGCGCAAUGGCAGCAAAAUCAAUGAGACAAGUACAAUGUAAUGUUACAACCGUUAUAUCAGAAAAAGAACCAUCAAAAAGAUCUCGAAGUCCUUUGGCAGAGACUAAUGAUAAUAAACGUAAAAAAUCCAUUGAAGUUAAUGAUGUUGUAAAUGAAACUUAUAUAAAAACUCCUCAGAAACCUGUAUCAACUGUAAAUGAAACAAUAAUAAUUUCAAAAGAACAAAGAAUGAUUGUCACCACUCCAUUAAACAAGCAAGUACCUGUAGAUGAUUUAUUAACAGAUGAUGAAGAUGUUGGAAUACACAUCAAAACAAAAAAGACUACUACUAAGAAACCAAUAUUUAGUCAAUACGAAACAAGUCCUGUUAAAAAACGUGUGGAAGCUUUUGAAAAAUUGGGUGCAGAAAUUGCAGCGCAAACGCAGUCAACAUCAAGGAAAAACAACAUAAAAGAAAAUUCAAUAAAACCUUCAUAUACUAUUAAAUCAAAACAGAUUACACCUCUUAAAAGUGGUAUACCAACUUAUACAAAUGGUCCAUUAAGUUCUUCUAAAAUGCAAACAGCGUCAAAAUCGGCUUUAAAAAAUACUUUACCACCAAAAACAAUCAGCAAUUUAAAAGCAUCCCAACAGGAAUACAUAGAAAGAGAAGCGAGACGUCGAGAGAAAGAACAAGAAGCAUUACGUAAAAAAGAAGCAUUGUUACAAGCAAAACAAGAAGAGAUUAAACGCAAAAAUGAAGAGAAACAAUUAAAACUAGCCCAUUUAAAAGCCAAGCAAGAAGCUGAAGAAAUGGAAAGGAUAAAAGAACAACAGAAACAAGCAAAAGCUGAAAAAUAUUCUCACAAAAAACAGCCACAAAAGAAAAUGGAACGACCCCUUUAUAUGGAUGUGACAGCACCACUGUUGCCACUAGAUGAUUGUUUUGAUAGUGAUGAUGAGAGACAAGAAAAACAAGAAAGAGUUGAGCGCCCCGGUUGGACUAGAACGCGACAGUUACUGCCUUCGUUGAUGAGAGUUACUUAUGCUGGAAUGGAUUUUACAAACACAUUUUUCAUGCGAAAAGCGACCACUCCAAAUUUGGAAGAUCUUUUUGGUCCAAUGAAUUCGAAUAAGUUGAAGCGGACAUCGAGCGCUAUUUGGACCAAACCGCCAAGAUUUACACUUAUACCAAUACCACAACACGAUGAGGAAGAUGGGGAUGAAAUUUAAUAAUUAAUCGCAUUUUCAUUUUAUUACUUUCAAAAAAUAUUUGUUAUAUUUCAUUUUCAAAAAAUGCAUUUUUAAAAUAUAUUUAAUUAUUUAACCCUAAUGGUUUUGUAUGUUCAUUUUUAUACAUGUGUAUUAUUAACAAAAAUUUAAAUUACAAAUAAAGUUUAAUCUCUACAG